UUCGCCAUGAGGGACAAGUCAUCGGGGGACAGGCACAGUUGGGUGUCGAACGCCUAAGGAAGAGGACGCUGCGAUCUCCUUUCCAGCCCAAGAAGUGAUGUUGAGGCCCAGGGUGAGCGUGGUGUUCCCCGUGGCCGCGGCGGUGCUCCUUCUUCCUGCCCUGUCUCGAGGACACGGAACUCAAGAUGUCUCCCUUCGGCCCCUCCUGCCCAGCCAUGCCCUCGGUGCCAACGACAGCAGUGCACUCCCUCCACACGUGUCGAGCCGCCUGGGGAGUCGCCGGGGGGGAGAGAUCGAGUUGCUCCUCCCCCCGGGGUCGUCAGCGGAAGGGCGUGAGCGGGAGGCGACGAGGCGGCAGAGGGCGAAGACGAAGAAGCUGCUGAGAGGUCACGUGAUGUCUAUUGUCCUCAAGCACCGCCUCCCCUACGUCUCCCUGAAGCUGGACGGCCGCAGGGUCCUCGGCUCUUCCGGAAUCCUUAUCGAGCUCCUGCACAGCCUCACGCGGAUGUACAACUUCACGUACACGCUGAAGCUACCUGAUGACGGCCAGUGGGGGUCAGUCAGCAGCGACGGCAGGUGGAACGGCAUGGUGGGGGAGGUGCAUCGCUACGAGGUGGAGAUGGCCCUGGGUCCCACGUCCAUCACGGAGGAGCGGGAGAAGGCCAUCGAUUUCACCACGCCCUUCGACUUCGAGCCCUGGGAUAUCAUGAUUCCUGCCGCGGGGGAGAACGUCGAUUUGGCCACCUUCCUCAUGCCGUUCGAGGGGCUGGUGUGGGCUGCCGUGGUUGCCUCCUGGGUGAUCGUGGGCUGCCUGGCUGUGCUCCUUCUUCACCCACUCGCCGGGGUCGCCGGGGCCGCCCUCUACCCCCACACCCGCACCCAUGCCGCCCGCGCCCCACGCCAAGCCUCGCUCCUCCGCACCCUCCUCGAUUCCCUGGGCUCCCUCACCGCCCAGAGCGUGAGUCGGCCGCAGACGGAGGCCACGCGGGUGCUGGCUGCGUGGUGGUGGGUGUUCAGCGUCAUCACCAUCGCCUCCUACAGCAGCAAGCUCAUCUCUUCCAUCACCGUCCGCUUCAGCAGCCCCGCCAUCACCUCCAUGCUGCAGAUGGUGGAGACGAGACCCAUGCUGUGGACCUACCAGGCGAACAGCGCGAUGGAGGAGCUGUUUAAGUAUUCGGAGCCUGACAGCAUGUUCGGCAAGGUAGGCGGCCUGCACCGGGAGACGAGUGACCUGCUCGUGUACAGCUUCGAAGGGGGCGUACAGGCCGUGCUGAAGGACAAACUGGCCUACGUGGAGGACGCGUCGCUCCUGGAGAUGGCGAUAGCGAGCGACCUGGCGAUCCACGGGUCCUGCAGGAUGAGUCUCGUCAACGACCACUUCUUCUCCACGCGCUUCGGCAUGAUCCUACAGAGAGGCUCCCCCUACCGAGACGCCUUCAGCCUGGACAUCCUCCAGUUCAUCGACACGGGGCUGAUGGACGCCUGGAAGAAGCGGUUCUGGCCGGUGGCGAGUCGCUGCAUCAGUAGCACCAAGAAGCGGCCAGUCAGGUCACUUAAUCUGCUCGACACUUCCGGUACGCUCCUGCUCUUCCUCGGGGGCGUCUCGCUCUCCUGCUGCGUCCUGCUGCUGGAGAUCCUGCUUGGGCAGUGGCGUGGCAGCAAGUUCGCCCAAGGAGGAUAGAUUUCAACUGGCUACAUAAGGAUUGACAAGGAUAUAAGACGAUUACAAGAAGGCGCGACCCUGAGACCUCAUCAUUAGUGCCUACUUUGGAAGACGAAGUGGAGGUGUUGUGUGAGGAAUUAAAGUUUUGUUCCUUACUUCGUUUAUUCAUUCCAAAUUUAUGUGUAAAAGAUGUUCCGUGUGUUGUUUAUAUGAUUUGUGUCGGUGCAGAGGAUAAACGGAGAGAAAAUGAGACUGAUUUGAGGGUAACUAUUUCCAGAGACCACAAAGGAGGCUAAUCGAGUCCUCAUGAGUGUUUCUUUAGGUUCAUGGUACAGAAGAAGGGCCAGACUACCACCAGGGUCAUAAAGGUACCCCUCUCAGUGCCUACAACUCUCACGAAAGCCUUGCCAAAUGUGUGU